AUGAUCUAUCUAUGCCAGUCACAUCUAUCUAUCUAUCUAUCUAUCUAUCUAUCUAUCUAUCUAUCUAUCUAUCUCAUCUGUUCAUAUCUAUCUAUCUAUCUAUCUAUGCCAGCCACAUCUAUCUAUCUAUCUAUCUAUCUAUCUAUCUAUCUAUCUAUCUAUCUAUCUCAGUCAGUUCAUAUGUAUUUAUUUCAGUCUGUUCACAUGUAUCUAUCUAUCUAUCUAUCUAUCUAUAUCUAUCUAUCUAUGCCAGUAACAUCCUAUUUCAGUCUGUUCAUAUCUAUCUAUCUAUCUAUCUAUCUAUCUAUCUAUCUAUCUAUGCCAGCCACAUCUAUCUAUCUAUCUAUCUAUCUAUCUAUCUAUCUAUCUAUCUAUCUAUCUAUCUAUCUCAGUCAGUUCAUAUGUAUUUAUUUCAGUCUGUUCACAUCUAUCUAUCUAUCUAUUUAUGCCUGUAACAUCCUAUUUCCGUCUGUUCAUAUCUAUCUAUCUAUCUAUCUAUCUAUCUAUCUAUCUAUCUCAGUCAGUUCAUAUGUAUUUAUUUCGGUCUGUUCACAUCUAUCUAUCUAUCUAUUUAUGCCAGUAACAUCCUAUUUCAGUCUGUUCAUAUCUAUCUAUCUAUCUAUCUAUCUAUCUAUCUAUCUAUCUAUCUCAGUCAGUUCAUAUGUAUUUAUUUCAGUCUGUUCAUAUCUAUCUAUCUAUCUAUCUAUCUAUCUAUCUAUCUAUCUAUCUAUCUAUCUAUCUAUGCAUGCCAGUCACAUCCUAUCUAUUUCAGUCUGUUCAUAUCUAUCUAUCUAUCUAUCUAUCUAUCUAUCUAUCCUUUUCUUUUUUCUUUCUUUUUCUUUCUUGUUCCAUGCAUAUUUCAUUUAUCUAUCUUUAAAAAACAUAAACUUGCUGUUCUAA